AUGGCUCCACCAAAUCCAAGCUACUGCCAAAAUGUCAAAGAUCUUAAAGAAAUGUUACUUAGCAUUUCUAAAAGAGGGAAAAAUGUAUUAAAGAUUUCAGAGUUCAAAGCACGUAUUCAGGACCUAUGGAGGGCUUUGCUCACAGAAAACUUUCUGUUUAGCUUCAAGAACACCCUAGAGAUCGCAGCUUAUAGCAAACUGGAAGAAAUGUAUGGGAAAUGGACUUGGAGCCUGAGAAGUCAUCUUAUUCAAGAGGAGAAUAAGCAAUAUAAUAUAAUUAACAACAGUACAGAUGUGACGUCCAAUUUAACUCGGUCAAUGAUUGAGAAAUCCGUUUUGCCAAAAUACAACGAGACCAGGAAAGAAAUUGAAACAUAUUUCAAAGGAGAAGAUGCUGAAUUGUUGACUCAAUGGAAGACUAACUUCGCAAAUAGAUUUGAAACAAUUAAGGAAGAUCUUGUGAUUGAUACUUACAAAAAAUGUACAGAUCUGAUUGAGCAAAAGAGUGCUCUGAACAGUGUGGAUCAAAAUAGAUCACGCUACGAGGAUCAGCUGAUGAAGAAGUGCAAGGAUUUGGCUUCCAAACUGAACACCACUGAUGUGAAAGAUGUCCAAUUGGAGAAAGAGUUCGAUACAAUGUGGGAAGAAUCGAUGGAUGAAGUGAAAAACAGUGUUCUGGCACCUAAAAUUCUGAAUUUUAGAAUUGAAGUACAAAAUAUACUUCAGAAGGAGUUUCAAAUUGAAAACGGCAUAUCCACUAACGUGGAGAAAAUGUUUCAUAAUGAAUCACGUGAGAUUCAACGAAAUGGUAUUUGGGACUGGCUUCCAUUUUCCCGUUAUCAAGAGCAGACAAAUAUUUUCAAAAAAAUAACAGAGGACGCAGAAAAUGCAGCCAAUGUUGUUAUUAAACAUAUUGAGAAUCGGAAGCUUGGUUACAAUGAAAACAAUAUACAUGAAGUAAUUAAAUGUGUGCAGGAAACUGUAGAUUCAUGUUGCGAACACAAUGCAAAACUGAAGCUCACUAAUACAAACAGGCUAGAUUUAGCAAUAUGCAUUUUGACAAAUGCUGAAUGGAAGUUUCAGAAAAUACAUGAUGAUUUCCAGAGGGCAAACGAUCCUCUAAUAUACUUCAGCAGCAAGAAAGAAGAGUACUUCAACAGCUUUAAGAUUAGAUGCAAAGGAGCAACAAACACCACCAUCUUUGCCGACACUUUGUGCAGUAAACUUAAAGCAGCCAUGCACCAGGCAGUCUGUGACCAAGCCAGCCUUUACAUCGUCGACAAAAUGAAAUCAGAGUGUCAGGCAUUCAAUGGCAAUCGAUCAAGAUUACAAAACUACAUAUUGAUACAUUUAGCAGAGAAGGAAAUGUUCGAGGAAUUUAAUGAAUAUAUUCAGAAACCACAACAAUAUUUUGUUAAGUACAUUACAGAACGUGUUGAAGAAUAUUGCUCAGCAAAAGAAAAUAAUAAAAUUAACAAAAUAUUGAAAUCGUGUCUUGAGCUUCAAAAAAAAUUAGUUGUCAAUGUGAUCGCUGAUGCAACCACAGCUGUCCAGACAAACAAAGGCGAUGCAUCAUCGUGGCUGGAUGAAUUUAGUAAACGACUUGAUCACAAAUUCAAUUUCCCAAGGCACGGUCUGGUUAUAGCUGACUACAAAGACAUUAAUGACAUUGCCUACUUGACAGAUGAACUAACCAAAGCAAUGGAAACAAUGGUGACACAGUUGAACACACAAUAUUCUACAGCAUCCCUAAGGGAUUUAGAACAUGUAAGGAACAAACCUCAUGACAUGCUAUGUGAGCAAAUGAGUGGGUGCUGGGCACAGUGCCCAUUCUGCGAUUCACUCUGUACAAACACGAUACUCAAUCAUGCUGAGGACCACUGCACUCCGAUUCAUCGGCCACAGGCAGUUACAGGGUGGAGCUGGCAUGAAACAAAUUUUUUUUGUACUGAUAUUUGUACGAGUUUAGUUGCUAGUGAUAUCUUGUAUGUGCUUCCUGAUGGCAAGAUAAUGCCAUAUAAGGAUUAUCGCACAAUAGGGCGAGAACAUGCUAGUUGGAGCAUCACGCCAGACUUAACCGUGCAGCCAUAUUGGAAAUGGUUUGUCUGCAGAUUUAAGUCAGACCUAGAGGAGUUUUACAAUUUGCAAUUCAAAGGCAGUGGCGCCAUUCCAGAUGGCUGGACAAAAAUUACAAAGGAUGAGGCGAUUGCAGACUUGCAUAAAAAGUAAUGUCAACACUAUUGGCAAGUUAUCAAAUGGGAAUACUUUCUCAAUUCGAUCUAAUUUUGUCCUUUUCUGUCUUCGUGUUAUAAAUAAGUUUCAUCUUCAUUAGCCAAUUGGAUCUUUAUUAUGAGAAAAUAUAUCCUUCUAUAUUUCAAAAUUCAAUAGGAAUGCUAUUGCUGUUGUGGGUUCUCUCAUUAUAUGUAAGACGAUUUUUGUUUCUGGGAAGUUAUAGUGUGAUGUUCUAAUUGCUAUGCCUCAAAAGUGCAGAAAUGGCUGUUAUUUCCCACAAACGUUGCUUUUGUAACCAGGACUUUACGUGAAGGAAUGACACAAAUGCACAUGUUUUGUCAAUGAAAAUAUGUACAUUUCAAAAUAUCAUUGUCCUGGUCACAAAAAGCAAAGUUUGUGGGGAAUAAUGGCCAUUUUCUGUACUUUUGAGGCAUAAGCAAUUAGGAAAUAAUGAUUUCUCCCCAGGAAGAUUUUUUUUUAUUUUUUUGUUACACAGUGAAUGUAUUUAUUAGCAUUGGCACAAGACUUCAUUGCAACAACUUAGUCAUUGGGAGGCACCAUUAUAUAUAAUUCCGGCUAGUCAUUAGGGAUCACCUUGAUGAAUACUGAGUUUAGUCAACAUAGGAAUGGGACUUCAAAUAGUGGGCUGCUUCGGGCUUGGAAAGCCAACUUGGAAGAAGGUGCUUGGAAAUUGUAUUGAGUAACUCGGACUUUUAAUAUUUCAGAACCAUUCAUAAUUCUCAUAAAUGGCAUCCCCUGCAUUAGCAAGUAACCUAAAUUACUUCGUCCACCUAACAUAUUCAGACAACUUACUGCCCUCUACAAUGUGAACAUAACUUUACUGCAGGGCAUUACGUAUUUUAGCAAUUAUGAAAACAUGCCAUUGUAAACAUUUAGAAUUUGUGUAGGGUACUGGAUAUGGCAAGGGUUAUAGGGGGGUCAGUGUAGAUGGGUGGAAACAGGUGCAGGGUACUGUACAAGGGAAAGUUCGAGAUGGGAAGCAGAAGAGGGUUGAGUCUUCUGGAGGAAUCUACCGGGGAAAAGUGAUGGAAGUUACCAGGGCGUGGUCGGGCGGGGAUAUAAGGGAGAGUGAGGCCCACAAUGGGGGCGGUGGCUCGGGGAUUUAAGGACGACUACAGGUGGACGUUAUCAGGGCCGAAUGUUGGAGAUAGACAUCGUGGAAACCAUCAAGACAGACUGUCUGAGAUCUACAUGGUGGAAACCAUCAAGAAAGACCGUCUGAGAUCUACAUGGUGGAAACCAUCAAGAAAGACCGUCUGAGAUCUACAUGGUGGAAACCAUCAAGAAAGACCGUCUGAGAUCUACAUGGUGGAAACCAUCAAGAAAGACCGUCUGAGAUCUACAUGGUGGAAACCAUCAAGAAAGACCGUCUGAGAUCUACAUGGUGGAAACCACCUGGGCUGCAGAUCGUCAUCAUCUUGUGAUACGUGUGAGUCGUGCUCUCGCCUUCUAAAUAGGUUAUUGUAACAUAAACAAUCUAUAAAAUGGAAAACGCGAAGGAGCCUCUUGACGUUUGUAACUCGUUAUUGUCAAAAUCGUAAGGUGCCCAUUGCGGAUUUUCCCGUUUAUAAUCGUACAAUUCUGUUUCCAUGUGAGGCAGUCGGUGCGUAUCCAUAGAUGCCAUGUCGCAUGUUAUGGAACCUUUUCGUUUAGUCAGAUGAUACAAUUCUCUUAUUGUGCUUCAUGCUGCAGUGUUAACAAGACCAGUAACUACUCACACCUUCCUUUCUCCCCAUGAUGCACACGCACCAUUGUUUUGUACAGGGGCUUGAGAUGUGAUUGGAUUUAGAAGCUGUUUAAAUACAAACUCAAUUGUCAAAAAAUGAUUACAUAUUUAAAAAAUCGGGGGGACUUGUGGUGCCAGUCAAGGACCCGACCCAUCUCCUUCAUUUUCCUGAUUGCACAAAAUGAGUAUCAUAUUUUAGUGACCAGCUCCUGCCAUCGGAGUGUAGCGUUUACACCGCUGUCUUAAAGGCUGUGAAAUAGACAUGAGGCGAUGAUUGGGUAAACGUAUCACCCUGCUCUCGUUUGAGUGAGAAAACUUGGCCACUUUUAUUGAAAACAAUCUAAAUGAAUUUCCAUGUGCGUGGCCCUUUCACAGUGCGAGAUUACGAUUUCUAUCGGCGAAUCUGAACGAAAGAGGGACGUGAAUUACAUCGCAUCGUGAAAACGUUUUAUAUCAAGGCAACCCGAUUAGUUUUUUGUCAGUGCUGGACCUCGAAUGAGGUCAGUCCUGCGGUGAUUGCAAACAUUUAUGUAAUCGUGGUGAAUUAGAAUUGUGCAUAAUCACAUGACUGUCUCGACUAGUGUGCUUGAAUUGCAAUUAAUUUGUAUGCUUUAACCUAG